GUCCGUCAUUCGUACUUUGUCCGCAGGAACACCAGGGGAUCCAUCCCCGUCUACACAGAAAUCCGUGCGCAAAAGCACCUCGUUCUGAUCCGCAACGUCGAGGGUAACACCGAGGACCUCGCCCGAGACAUCAGAGAGACUCUCUUCCAACCCGGUACGCCCGAGACAGAGAGGCUCAAGGUCAACACCGUCCGCGGCCGCCACGUCGUUCUAUCCGGCGGAUUCUGGAAGACCCAUGUCGUGGAGUGGUUGCAAUCAAAAGGUUUCUAA